AUGAAGAAGGAUAGCUACACAGAGCUCACAACACGAAAUAGACCCUGGGGUGUAACCACUAAUGAUGAAAUUGAUCUCCCCGAGACUUGUGAUGAGGUUGGAGAAAACAAGAUAGAAUUAGAUCUUCAAGAACCAUCUGUUGUUCGCAUCAUUAAGGACAACUCAGAAGGUUUAGACUGGGAUACAGUAAUGCACAAGGCAGAAGAUGUUGAUGGAUAUACCAGCAGUGACAGGAGAGGAAAAAACUUUUAG